CAUAUUUUGUAAGGUAUCUACUGGACAAGAGCCGAUUGUUGAAAUCGAGACCGGAAAAUUGCAAGGUACAGUUAUGCAAAAUUUAAACAACGAGGACUUCUUUGCCUUCAUGUCAAUUCCUUACGCAAAACCUCCAGUUGGGACACUCAGAUUUAAGGGUUUAGAACCUGCAGAUAAUUGGGAAGGUAUAAGAGAUGCAACAGAUUCUCCAACGCCUUGCAGCCAGAAUGCUUUUGGUAUGAUUGUUGGAGAGGAAGAUUGCAUGUUCCUUAACGUGUAUACACGAAAUACAAAUCCCAAGGAGUUAAAAUCAGUCAUGGUUUAUAUGCACGAGGGUAGCUUCUGUUUGGGGUCUUCAAAUAUUAAUACACUUGGUCCUUACAAUCUAAUGAUUGAAGAUAUAGUAUUGGUUACAUUUAACUACAGAUUAGGAGUGUUGGGUUUUAUGAAUUUGGAGGGUAGCGACAUUGAAGUUAACAGCGGAUUGAAGGAUCAAACUUUUGCCUUAAAAUGGGUCCAGAAGAACAUACAUAAAUUUGGCGGCGACAAGAAUUCGGUAACGAUUUUUGGAAAUAGUGCUGGAGCAGCCAGUGUGAGCCUCCACUUGUUCUCACCAAUGUCCGUUGGGCUCUUUCAUAAAGCAAUUUCUAUGAGCGGAAAUGCUAUGGUGCCGUGGUUGAUGGGAGUCAAAAACAGUGGUCUGGAGGUUGCUAAGAACUUGGGAAUUACCUCUGAGGAUCCAAUAAUAAUUGCCGACGAAUUGCGUAAAAUACCUUAUCAAGAAUUCAUAAAUGUUCAAGAAGAAUUAAACUGGUAUGGACAAAAUGACGUUGAAUGGAAUGGUGGCAUUAUAAUUGAAGAUACAGGCGAGAGCAGAUUCCUAACAGCUAAUCCAUUAGAGGAGGGAUUUGUUUCAAAGGUGCCUUAUAUGAUAGGGUUUAAUGAUCUUGAUGGUGAUAUCAUGGAGUUAUUUGAGAAUAUAUUCGGUUCUCCGCACGAUUUCUCAUUGCAGUCGGAUAUGCCACGCACAUUGGUGCAAGGCGACAAAGCUAUUCUCAUGGAUGUCAUAGAUGAAGUCAGAAAAGAAUACUUUAAUGGUACAUUGCCGGAUAGAUAUGACUACAAUUUCAUGGAAAUGGCUAAAGACAUUACCUUCAAAUAUCCUACAAUCCAGCUGGUUAAGAAGUAUGGAAAUGUUCAAUCAACAUAUUUGUAUGAAUUUAGAGCUGACACGACGUUAAAUUUAUAUAAACAUUUUCUCAUAGGACAGGGAAUAUACAAAGGGGCAGGACACUCAGACGAUCUAGGUUAUAUAUUCAACAAUGUACUUACUCCGGAUAUUGUUUUGAAUAGUAUCGAGCAUAAGAUCGUUACGAAAUUUGUGAAGCUGUGGACGAACUUUGCCAAGUACGGAAACCCAAUUCCCGAUGCACCUACACCAGCAUUAGAUAACGUUGUAUGGAAACCUGCCAAUUCCAAGGAAAUGAAUUACCUAAUUAUUGAUAACGAUGAACUGAAAGUAGACGUUCUCGAUUUGAAGUCCGCUAAUUUUUGGGAUGGCUUAUAUAAAAAAUACAAUAGAAAGUAUUGAAAAUAUAAACAAUUUUGAACAAAUA